GGCGCCACCUUUAAGCGUCACGGGCGGGGCCGCGGUUUCUAGACCCGGGUUUUGAACAUGUCGCGCCUGAAAGGAGCUGUCGGGCGAGAUCCCCGGGCGGGUUUCAGAACCGAGACGAGAGACUGCAGUACCUCCGUACCCCAGGGGCUGUUAAAGGCGGCGAGGAAGAGCGGUCAGUUAAACUUAUCGGGUAGGAACCUCAGUGAAGUGCCUCAAUGUGUCUGGAGAAUAAAUGUGGAUGUCCCCGAGGAAGCUAAUCAGAAUCUCUCAUUCAGCACUUCUGAACGAUGGUGGGAGCAGACAGAUUUGACCAAAUUAAUUAUAUCGAACAACAAGCUUCAGUCACUUGCGGAUGACCUCCGACUUCUACCUGCAUUGACUGUUCUUGAUAUACAUGAUAAUCAGCUGACAACUCUUCCUUCUGCUAUAAGAGAGUUAGAAAACCUUCAGAAACUUAAUGUCAGCCAUAACAAACUGAAAAUACUUCCUGAAGAAAUUACAAAUCUAAGAAAUCUGAAGAGUUUGUAUCUUCAGCAUAAUGAACUAGCUGUCAUACCAGAGGGAUUUGAACAACUUUCCAGUCUAGAAGAUUUAGAUCUUUCAAACAAUCGUCUUACAACGAUUUCCGCUGGAUUUUCUUCUCUGUCCGGUCUGGUGCGAAUCAAUCUUUCCAGCAAUCAUUUGAAGAGUUUGCCAGCAGAAAUCAGUAGAAUGAAAAAAUUAAGACAUCUGGAUUGUAGUUCUAAUCUCUUGGAAAGUAUACCUCCUGAAUUGGCUGGCAUGGAAUCACUAGAAUUGCUUUAUUUGCGGAGGAAUAAACUACGUUUUCUACCAGAAUUUCCUUCUUGUAAACUAUUAAAGGAACUGCAUGUAGGUGAAAACCAGAUUGAAAUGUUAGCAGCAGACCAUCUUAAACACCUGAGUUCUAUCCUUGUGCUAGAACUGAGGGAUAACAAGUUGAAAUCUGUUCCAGAUGAAAUUUCACUGCUACAGUCUUUGGAAAGGCUUGACCUAAGCAACAAUGAUAUUAGUAGUCUUCCCUAUUCAUUGGGAAACCUUCAUCUGAAAUUCCUGGCCCUAGAAGGAAAUCCUUUGAGAACGAUUCGAAGAGAAAUUAUAAAUGCAAGAACCCAAGAAGUCCUAAAAUAUCUGCGGAGCAAGAUCAAAGAUGAUGGACCUAGCCAAAGUGACUCUGUUACUGAGACUGCUAUGACACUACCCAGUGAAUCCAAAGUCAAUGUACAUGCUAUCGUCACAUUAAAAUUAUUAGACUAUAGUGAUAAGCAAACAACUUUGAUUCCUGAUGAAGUGUUUGAUGCAAUAAAAAACAACAUCAUAAUUUCUGUUAACUUCAGUAAGAAUCAACUAUCUGAGAUUCCAAAAAGGAUAACAGAACUAAAGGAAAUGGUUACUGAAGUCAACCUCAGUUUUAAUAAGCUUUCCUGUAUAUCCUUGGAGUUAUGUAUGCUUCAAAAAUUGACUUUUUUAGAUCUCAGGAACAAUUUUUUAAAUUCUCUACCUGAAGAAAUGAAAUCAUUGAUAAGACUACAAGUGAUCAAUCUUUCCUUUAAUAGGUUCAAAAUAUUGCCUGAAGUUCUGUAUCAUAUCCCCACACUUGAAACAAUUCUGAUUAGUAACAAUCAGGUUGGAUCUGUGGAUCCUCAGAAAAUGAAGACAAUGGAAAAUCUGACUACGUUAGACCUUCAAAAUAAUGACCUUCUUCAAAUUCCACCAGAGCUUGGUAAUUGUGUCAACUUAAGAAAACAGCUGUCUCAGUGCCUAGCACAUGGUAAGCCCCCAAUAAGUGCUUGUUAUGUGAAUAUAAAAGGUGUUUGAAGUCAACAGAAAACCAGAACAUUACUUCUAGAUGGAAAUCCAUUCCGGGUUCCUCGAGCUGCCAUAUUAAUGAAGGGAACAGCGGCUAUACUGGAAUAUUUGAGAGACCGAAUUCCUACUUAAAUUAGAGUUGUUUUAUAAUCCUGGUCAUGUUAACUGUUAAAAGGAUAUAACAUUUUGUUUUAGUAUCAUCUGAAAGAUGAUUGCUGUACUUGAUCUUAGAAUUCCCUAAUCUCAGCUAGGUAUUGGGAUAAUUGACCUGAGCCAUAAUCACUGCCACUAACUAUUUUUAUACUAACAAAACAACAAUUUAACAUUUUGAAGAUGUUGUUUACAUUGCUAAAGGUGAUAACCACAUGUGUAGUGUUCAUGCCUUGAUUGAAUGUUUUGCACAUGAAUUAUCCUAAUCACUUUCAUUCCUCUAUAAUGUAGUAGGUACUUUCUUUAAAAAUGAACUUUCAUUUAAUGUGGUUGAAUAUUUUUAUAACAAAGAUUUUUGUGGAUCUGUUUUUUCUCUGCAUUUUUUUUGUAUUCCAUAUAACGUGACUAACUGACCUGAACGUGAUUACCCAAUUGUUACCUUUUUAUUAACUAUAAAUUGAACUGAAUUUUAUUGAAUAUUGUUCUUUAUCAUUUAAAAAACUAAGACUUUUCCUACUUAUACUAAGACUUUUGUGACGUGGACAUUCUCAGUGUAAGUGUAAAGUUAACAUUCACUGCCUUGUUCUUUAAUUGAAAUUUUUCUUUUCUACCUAUUGGGUAUAUCUUUUUCCUCUGUUUUAUGAAAUCAUUUUCCUAGGAUCAUUAAUGUCACAGAACUGAUACUGAAGAUACAGUCUGGAGAAAAUACUGAAAGUGUUGUUACAACUGCUGUCACAAUUUUGAAUUUAAAACUUACUGUUUUUUUUUUUCAGUGACAUUAUUUUCAUAAGAUAAUUAAAGAGAUUGGAUCUACAUAUUUUCUCUUCAAUGAGAAUAUUGAGCAUUUAAAAGUACCUUUUGUUAUUUUAAAAAAGCACUUAAGAGUGUAACUUAUUAAUUCUAUAUACAACAGCAACAGAAAACUACUAAUAAGGUAUACCACAAGAAAUCUUAAAAUGGAGCCAGGCGUGGUGCAGUGGGAAGCCUGCAUCCUCUAUCAGCCUGGAAUCAAUUCCACCUCUGCUUCUGCUUCUAGUCCCAUUUCCUGCUCAUGUCUUCAUUCCUGCCACCCACCCAUGUGGGAAACCAGGAUGGAGUUCCUGGCUCCUGACUUUGGUCUGUUUCACUUUUUCUGUCUCUGUCUCUUCUUCCUCUCUCCCUGUCACUGUCUUUCAAAUAAAUAAACAUAUCUUGUUUUUAAAAGGCAAAAGGAAAAAGCUUCAUAUUAAAAAAAUAAAGAAAUAAAAAUGUACUUUAUUCAAACACUUAGUAGGCAGGUACUUGUAUAUUUAAUCUACUCUUUGAAUGUGUUUUAAUCCAGCCUUGUGCAUCUUGCCCAUCUUUUCAUUUCCAGCACUGUAAUUUUAAAAUUUGCAUGCACCCUUGAUAAGACUAAACUUGUAGUCAUGCAGUAAUGUUCUAAAAGGGAAUUUGAUAUAGUUAAAUUUGAUUUAAUAAAAAACAAAUAUAAACAUUUUUGUUUACACCAAAAUCAUUGGAAAUAGGUUGAUCAGUCAUUAUAACACUUACCAUAUGAUUCUAUUAAGUAGCCAGUUCAAUAGCAUGUAUAUCCACUAAUAUAGAUCAAUAGUUAGCUUUUGGAUGUUUGAGGCAUGCUUAUAUGAUGAAAAAAAUCAUUUGUAAUAAACACUACAUGUUCAUAAUAAAAGUUACAUUUCUCAAA